AUUACAUUGGAUAAAGCCUAUGAUGUUUUUUUCUCACCGCUAAUAAAGUUAUCCAAAUUGUGUACACACAUGGUUCCCCCCGCACGCCGCACGCGGCAAUUUGGCCUGCCCCGGACCUCGGCUGUGGAGACCCCCAGGUAAUAUGACCUCCAUAAUUAACCUUUAUCUCGCAAUAGAUUGAAAGUAAACACUUCUUCAUUGUCUGCAUCCUCAAAGAAUGACCGCUCCACCACCUUUGAAUGGCAUUCGAGUUGUCGAGCUAGCCGGCCUAGCUCCAGGCCCCUUCGCUGGUCUCCUUCUAGCCGACUAUGGCGCAUCAGUCCUCCGAAUUGACCGGCCAUCCUCAGUCAGUGCCGAUCAACUCACUCGUCACAAGACCUCUAUCACCCUAGACUUGCGCGAGGCGAAAUCGCGAGAGAUCCUUCUCCGCAUCUUGACCGCCACCGAUGUUUUGAUCGACCCGUUCCGUCCCGGCGUUCUCGAGCGUCUCGGUCUCUCGCCAACGGACGUUCUUCUCAAGCAUAAUCCGCGUCUUAUCGUGGCGCGCAUGACGGGAUUCCGGCGCGAUGGGAAGUACAAGGAUAUGGCCGGCCACGACAUCAAUUACAUCGCCGUAUCGGGUGUCCUCUCAAUGCUUGGCCGCGCAGGAGAUAAACCCUAUGCACCGGGUAACAUUCUCGGGGAUUUCGCUGGAGGUGGUGCGAUUUGCUUCAUGGGCAUUAUUCUCGCCUUGAUCGCUCGCACCAGCACCGGCCGCGGUCAAGUUGUGGAAGCCAACAUGGUCGAUGGAUCCGCCUACCUUGCAACCUUCCCACGCCUAGCCACGAAAAACCCCUCUUGGAGUGAACCGCGCGGUGAAAACCUACUCGACAGCGGCUGUCCAUACUACGACACCUACGAGACCAAAGAUUCCGGGAAAUACUUUGCCGUCGGCGCGCUCGAGCCGCAAUUCUACGCGGCUCUGCUCCGCGGAUUACAGCUCGACCCGAAGAGCCUGCCUGCACGCGAGGACAGGGAUCAAUGGCCCACGCUGCGGGACAUUUUCACCCGUCGCUUCAAGGAAAAGACACGCGCCGAAUGGGAGGCCGUGUUUGAUGGUACUGAUGCCUGCGCCACACCUAUCCUGGAACAAGGCGAGCUGGAGUCGGCGGGGUACGAGCAACGUCCCGCUGUCCACUUAUCCCGCACGCCGGGCCAUCCCAUCAAGGCCGAUGAGGGCGGGUGGACUGGCGGGGGACUUGAGGCUGGCAAGGGAGGGGUGGAGACGCUACGAUCGUGGAUGGGAUGGGAGCCUAAUGUAGAUUUCCAGGUGCGUGACGACGGCGCUCUGGUAUCUGUGGACGGCAGGGCGAAGUUGUGAAACAUGCUCAGUGGGCUAGGAAUGUCUCGUUCAGCUUCUCCGAGUAUACGGAGCACCCAUGGAAUGUUUUACAUCAUCUACCAUAGAAGAUCUCGGAUCUUUCUCGUUGGUCUCCACCCCACUAAUGUACAUACAGUACCAUCUCUGCACAAAGUCUCACGUAGCCUUGCGGAUUGCGGGAUCUUCCGUGCGUUCUUUUUUUUGUAGAUUUUACCUUUCCGUCGGCCUGUUUACCAUCCCUCCAACUAGAUUCCGU